UCACAACGACAGGUGACGAGAGACCAGCAUACAGGUAUAUGGAUUUGUGACUUUGAACCGUACAAGCUAAAACAACGCCUCCUACAAUCGAAGCGUUAUACUUUAUUUCCAAAAUGACGGAAGUCGAUCAAGCUUGGCAAAAUAAUUCACCUGAACAAUAUUCUGAUGAGGAAGAGGAUCCAGCAGCUUGCGAAGAAAUAACAGUAAUAUCAACUCAAGAACAAGAAAAUUCUCAGCCAAGUGAAGAUACGCAUCAUCACUUUUCAAGUGGUUCAGAGUCCACGGACAUCAGGUCAAAUUCUAAUGUGGAACUCUACACGACGAACGGAGUGACUCCCCUCUGCCAAGUUGUCAUACAAUCGGCUGAAUCUGUUGCUGAGACAGCACAAGCCGUGGAAAGUAUAAGUCAAGAGAUCUCCAGUGAGGACCCAGAUGACAAUACACACAGUAAUGUGACCUACACAGAGUACAAUAUACAAGCACCCGGCACUCUGACACAAUUAACACCGGUGCCAGCGUUUGAAACUGCCACGGGGCAUUUAUUACCUAAAGAAGACGUGGAAGCAUUUUUUAGCAACAUGGACCGACCAACUGCAACUUCUGUGACAUUAACCACGCCCAAUUAUGCUGGCACGGGAAGUGGUGAGUUUACGACUCUGACACCCGCCCAGUCAUUAUACCAAAAUCUAUUAUCGAGUCAGCAUCAGAUCACAGAUAACAACACUGCCUACAACAUGACAGCAUUGUAUCCCAACCCCCGGGCAUUACAGAUGCAGUACGGGGUAACCACUACAGGAUGGAAUUUAUCUGCCACGGGUGAUGCUCUAUACAGCUCCCCGUCAUCCAGUCCCUCCGCCGGUAAAUACAACAACUUUUCCAUGACAAAUGAUCCAGGGUCUCCGUCCAGUGGCCGAAGUGAUAAUUCUGUUGACACACCUUACAGCAGACCACCAAUGUAUACUAACUUUAUGACGCAAGAUGGAGUUCCUGGGUACAACUAUACAAUUCCAUAUGGCUCUCAGGAAGAGGCAGCUACGUACUUUGACAUGGGGGAAGGCCGGGAAUGUGUGAACUGUGGGGCGGUAUCCACACCUUUGUGGAGGAAAGAUGGGACGGGGCAUUAUUUGUGCAACGCCUGUGGAUUGUAUCAUAAAAUGAAUGGAUUGAAUCGCCAGCCGAAUGGUAAACCGAUUCAGUCUCCUAGCAGGGAACAAGUGGAAGAAGAAAAACCAAAGAAAUUUGAGAAGAAUUUUGACAAGGUGAAUAACAGAAGUCGGAUGGGUUUGUCAUGUGCUAACUGUGGAACCACCACAACGACUUUAUGGAGACGGAACAGUGAAGGGGAACCAGUUUGUAACGCAUGCGGACUCUACUAUAAAUUACACCAGGUAGCCCGACCAAUGUCAAUGAAAAAAGAUGGAAUCCAAACAAGAAAACGUAAAGCUAAAAUGGCAUCAAAAGCAGCUACUCCAACACGUGAAAUGAAUAAUACACCAGAUCAUAACAUCAUGCCUUCAUCAUACACAACAUCCAUGCCAUAUACCGGGAACCAGUCAUCAGGAUUACUAGAUCUUUCCGUUACCAGAUCAGACAAUCAAUUAGUGACUGACAUGAAGCAUAUCACAACAUAUCCUCAGCUAUAUCAGAGUCACAGUUCUGUCUUGGCUGCUCUUAGUGCACCACCUCCCGCUCUUCUACAGGUUGGUAGCCCUCCACCUGGCAUGCUUCCAUCCUUUCAACACGUCACUUCUGGUCACAUGACUGAACUAGAGCGUUCCAUGACAUUUCAUUCUGAUCUUGUCCUGAAACAAGAGCCAAUAUUUGAGCCAUCACCGCCAAAGGCUGUUCCCGUAUCAGUUCCAGAACUAGAAGCAGAAAGUGAACUCAGGACCACUCCAAAUGGCACACCACCUUCAGAUAUUACACCACUAAGAGCAGCCACGAUGGUGUCACAGAAUUAGCUCGUGAUAAUUUGAGGAAGUCUGCUUCUUAAAUGGACCAGAGUAAUUUUAUAAAUAUACUCAGUUUUAAAAAUAGUUUUAAAGUACAUAUCAAAUUUUAAUAUGAAAUCAAAAGCAUAAGCAUUGAGAAAUUAUUGUAUUAUUUUCUACUCAUCUGUAAAUUUUAAAACAAAGAAGAGAGAAUCUUGAGUUCAUAUAUUUUGCUAUUACAUUUCUUUUACAAACAUGAUAUUUUUUCAAGUUGUUGAACUUCUUUUUUCUUCUAUUUUCAUGACAAUUUUUACCAUCAUCCAUAUAUGAAACUGUUAUUUUGUUUUCUUAUGCUAUUACUAUUCAAACAACCUCAAGAAAUGAAAAGCAUAAUAUAUUUCAUGUAAAUAAGUAAGAGUCGAGAUGUGUUGUAUCUUUGCUCAAGAUAUCGUGGGUAAAUGAGGAAAGGGCAGUAAUCCGUGUAAUACUUCAAAAUUUAUGUAAACGAGAAUUCCAAGUUAAGGCCUACCUCAUUUAAAUAGAAGUAUUGAUCAUUCAUUUUCACUUUUGUAUAAAGAAUAAGCAGAUUAAAUGGUAAUGAGUGCAUUGUUAUACAGUUGAAAUAUGGUCCAUUUAGAAUUUAUGAAUAAUUACAAAGAUAUAAUUAUAAACUUGAUUACUUUAUAAAUAAAUGAUGAAAUAUAAACUGAUUUUUUUUAAUAGAUUUUUUUUAUUGCAUAUCUGAUUAAUUGAUUAUUAAUAAAUAAUGUGUAUUUUGUGAUAAUGAUUUCAUGUAAAAUACCUAUCAUAUAUUUGCCGCUGGACAUUAAGCAAACAACAAUCAUUCAACCUUUCUAUAAUUUUUUUCUUUAAUUACCCUGAGAUUAUUAUAUUAUAAUAAGUAAUAGAUAUCCAUCAAUGGUUUUUAGACAAAUAAUAAAUCUUUUUUUGUGGAGACGCUUUCUUUUUGAAUCAGUUGUGAAACUGACCCAUUUCUCUAAUUUUAUUGGAAUUCUUUUCAGAGUCUGAAUUUAUAAAACCUGAAGACUGUUAAACCAAUUUUAGAAUUUUUUAAAUCUUUAAAACAUUAGACAGAGCAUAUACAAUAUACUCUGAUAUAUAAUUACACCAAAAGCAUAGUCAUGAAUAGUUCUGAUUUUGAAAAAUUGACAAUUAUGAAAAUAAAAUUUUGAUAGGGUUAUAUACAUUGCAUAUGAAACAUUUGACUAACUGGUAUGGUAUAUAUAUUUGGAGUUUUUUUAUUUAUAGAACAGGGUAUGCAUACUGUAAAUAGAUUUUGUGUUUGGAAGUUGUAUCCAACUUCUUUCUAUUUUUGUUUGGCAGUUGUAUUCAACUUCUGUGUAUUUGUUUGUAUCGAAAUGUGUAAAUUUUGUUUUGAUUAUAAUGGUGCUAUUUUCCUUGAUAUGUUUUUCUUCUUGAUGAUUCAUAUUAAGGAGACAAUCAAAUAUGUUCACAGUACUAUUGACAAUAUAUUUAGGGGAGACAAUCAAAUAUGUUCACAGUACUAUUGACACCAUUUUUAGGGGAGACAAUCAAAUAUAUUCAUGUUACCUUUGACAAUAUUUUAGGGGAGACAAUGAAACGUGUUUACAGUACUAUUGACAAUAUUUUAAGGGGAGACACAAUCAGAGUGAUUUCAGUAGUACCUUUUGUACUUACUAAUCAUAUAAGGGAAAACAAUCAAUGUAUUUAAUGAAUAUAUCAUCUAAGCUAAUGAUUGUGCUUGAUCAUUUAUUAAAGGAAGACUUCAUAUUAAAGACAUGUAAUUACCUCCAAACUCGAUAACCUGAUUAAAAACAUAGAAAUUUCAUGCUAUACAUAAUGAAAUUAAAGGAAACAAAAAAAAAAUAAUGACGUAACAGUCUAUUUGCCAAUUACCGAUUUGGUUCUGCUAUUACACAAUAUUUUUACAAGUUAUUUUCCUUUGCCAAUGGUAGACGGGCUCUUAAUGUGGACAAAUGGCUGAUGCUCAUGCUAAGUUGAACGUGAUAUAUAAGCAUCUUUACCAAUUUUUAUUGAAAAAUAACUAUUGGUGUCAAAAGUGUGUAACUUAACAAAAGAUUAAAUGUUAUGAAAAAAUUGAAAAACUUGCAGGUUACAUACAUUACAUUAAGAUGGUUCUUUCCGCUUGCUCUUUAUUGGCAAUUAAAAUUAUGGCCCAACUAAGGGAAACAACCUUUAACAUUAUCUCAAUGAUUACCAAGGAAGAUUAGAUAAAACAAUGUUUUGUUCAUUUUUCUGCUGUAAGUUUCAUGGUACCAUAUUAAUCAAGAUAAUAGCACACUUAACAAAUAAGCAUAUAAAUUUAAUUUUGCAUAAUUAUGUCAGAAGGGUAAAUAUUGUUUUUGUAAACUCAUAUUUUUUUUCAACCAUAUUUUUCAUAUUAUACUUUUGGUCAAUAAUUACAUUACUGUUAGCCAUAGUUUUCUCUCUAGUAAAUGAUUUUUACAAAAUAUUUUGUGAAGACUAUAAGAAGUUGAAAAUCAGUGGUGUUUUUAUUAAGUCCUUACCAUUUUUAGGGGAUAGGAAAGAAACACUUUUUAUAAUUAUAUAGUUACCCCCAUUUUUUGUUUAUCUAGGAAUUUUUCAAUGAUACACUUUACUGAAAAUUUAUUGUUUACAAGGAAUAUUACUAAAUUAUUUUUGGAAAGAGAGCUUGAUGGUAACCUAUAGUAGCUAACUGAUGGAAAAGUUGUCUUAUUGGCAAUCAUAUCACAUCUUCUUAUUUUUAUAUUUAACAGUUCUGAUGUUUUCUUUUGAAAAAAUAAAUGCAAGAUAAUUUGUCAGAUAAAAAAAUAUCUAGAAACGAACAUGAAGUUAUUCGAAAUAUUCCCUCAGUAUCAAAGAAUUUCGGUUUUAAAUUACUUUUAAUAAUUUAUUAGAGUUUUGAUAAAAGUGUUGUGUGAAUUAACAUAUCAGGUUUUAUCUUUUUCUGUCAUAUUUAAAUACUUUGUAGUCAUAUAAUUAUAAACGUUUAUUAUUGUUUCUUUUAAUAUAAAAUUUUUGUACAGUGGACAUAUAUGUUCAUAGACAACAAAACCAAAAAAUUACUUGAUUUGAAUUAUUUUUUUAUAGUUCAAAAUAACUUUUAGUUUUGAUAUUUUCUUUCAUUCUUUGUGUUGCUAGUACUGUACAAAAUUCUAGAUAAAAAAAUGUUAUUUUAAUUCAAAAUACAUUGUUCCAAGUUUUAUUGUUUCAAAAGUUUCCUGCAGUUACUCGCUAAGUUCACCUAAAAUGAUAUUAGAUUAUCAUCUUACUUUGAACAAUAUUGUGAGAGUGAAGCAUAAUGAUAAGCUAAAACUAAUAAUAAUUGGUUUAAUAGGUGUGCAAAACGUGUUUUAAAAAUAAAGAAAAUUUUAUUUAAUCUAGAUGUUUUUAUUGUUGAUAUACAGAUUUGUUUAAAAAUCUUAUCAUUUUUUCUUUAACAUUUCACAAAUCUUAUGUGUACAAUAAUCUUAUCAACUGUUAUUCUGUUAUUCUAUACAAAAGAUUUAUUGUAUUACAUUAUGUAGCAGGUCUGCAACUUUUAAGCGACAGCUGUCCAGUUCAUCAUAAAAUUAUAUUGAAGUCAUGUAAAUUGUAUAUGUAUUUGUCAUUAUAUGUAUAGUCAUAAGUCAUCAGGCAGUUGGUCACGCUUGGACUCGUGGUAUAUUUUUUAUAAACCACAAAAGAACCAUACUAUAUAUCUUACAUUAGUGUCAUUACUUGUUGAGACCAUUACUUGCCAUUUUAUGAUAGAUUUCCAGAUAACAGGACCAACAUGUCUUGCCUGUAGUUUGACAAAUACAUUCCAUAAAAUACGUA